GCAGGGACACAGCACUGACUGUGUGAGUGCUGGUGUGACAGGCUGUUGGCUGGUGACUGUCCAUGGGCGCUGACAGCAUUUCCAGCAAAUAAAGGAACUAAAAGUACUUAUCAUUGUCAGGGAGGACACGGGAAGUUUCUUUGGGCUGUUUUGCAAGUUCAGGCUUUGUUUCUGCAAAUAAGAUGUUUCUUUUUUUUGCACUUUGAAACAAGAACACCAAAGGCUGAGGCGUUCACUGAUAAAAUGGGGGACAAGAAAUAUAAAGUACCUCUUGUUGAGGAUACAAAGGUGAGGGUGCUUUAUGAAACUGAAGCAUUUGGGCCCGUUGACAAAGCUGAUUACCCUCCUACUGGGACUAACUCCAUCUACUCUGCGAUUCUAAGCCGAAACGAGGCUGUCAAAGAUGCCAAGCGUCUUAAGACUUUUUUGGAAUUGCGAGACAAAUAUGUAACGAAGAAGGUGGUGUUUGAAGACCCCCUGUUCCCUGCAGAUGACUCCUCACUCUUCUACAGUCAUAAACCUUCCAUGAAGAUUGAGUGGAAACGUCCCUCGGAAAUUUGUGAAAACCCCCAGUUCAUCAUAGAUGGAGCCAACAGGACAGACAUCUGUCAGGGAGAAUUGGGUGACUGCUGGCUGCUGGCUGCAAUCGCCUGUCUGACAGUGAAUGAGAAGCUGCUGUAUAGAGUGAUUCCUCCGGACCAGAGCUUCACUGACAACUAUGCAGGCAUCUUCCAUUUCCAGUUCUGGCGUUAUGGCGAAUGGAUCGAUGUGGUUGUGGACGACCGCAUUCCCACCUGCAAGAACCAGCUGGUUUUCACCAAAUCUUUCAGAAAGAACGAGUUCUGGAGUGCCCUUUUGGAAAAAGCUUAUGCCAAGUUGCACGGGUCUUAUGAGGCACUUAAAGGGGGCAACACUUUGGAAGCCAUGGAGGAUUUCACAGGAGGAGUUACUGAAUUCUUCGAGUUGUCCGAGGCGCCCAAAGACCUCUAUAACAUCAUGAGGAAGGCGCUGGAGAGAGGCUCGCUAAUGGGCUGCUCCAUAGAUAUUCUUUCAGCCACUGAAGUGGAGACUCGGACUGAACAGGGGCUGGUCAGGGGUCAUGCCUACUCCAUCAUAGGCCUGGCAGAGUGUGACGAGGUUGCAAAGGACACCAGAAUUCGCCUGAUUCGCCUGCGAAAUCCCUGGGGUUGGGUGCUGUGGAAGGGACCAUGGAGUGCAAAUUCAAAGGAAUGGUCGACCAUUUCCACAGCAGACAAGGGCAACCUAAAAAAACAAACUGUAGAGGAGAGUGAGUUCUGGAUGUCUUUUGAUGAUUUCCAGAGGAACUUCACAAAGUUGGAGAUGUGUAACUUGACCCCCGACACCCUGCAGGGUGAUGAAAGGCACAGUUGGACAGUGUCGGUCAAUGAGGGUCGCUGGGUGAGAGGCAGCUCUGCUGGCGGCUGCAGGAACUUCCCACACACAUUCUGGACGAACCCACAGUAUCGGCUGAAACUGUACGAGGAGGAUGACGACCCAGAGGACGGGCAGGCGACCUGCACUGUUGUCGUGGCUCUGAUGCAGAAAGGGCGAAGGAUGCAGCGCCAUCAAGGGGCCAAAUUCCUCACCAUUGGAUUUUCCAUCUACGAGGUGCCGAAGGAGAUGUGUGGACAGGAUCAACACCUGCAGAAGGACUUCUUCCUGUACACAGCCUCCAAAGCUAAAUGCAAGACCUACAUUAACCUGCGGGAGGUGACGGAGCGUUUCCAGCUGCCUCCAGGAGAGUACGUCAUCAUCCCAACGACCUUUGAAGCCCAUCAAGAGGGAGAGUUCAUUCUCAGGGUCUUCUCUGAGAAGCAGAACAUGUCUGAGGAGGCGGAGAACACGAUCGGAUCUGACCAAACGCAGCAAGACAAGAAAAAGAAAGAAAAGCCUAUUGUAUUUGUGUCAGACAGAGCACGGGCCAACAAAGAAAUUGAGCAUGACGGCAUUCAGGGGGAAAAGAGGAAGAAACCAAAGCAAAAACUACUCCAACCUGAGAAGGAGACUGAAGAGGAAAAACAGUUCAGAGCCAUUUACCAAAAGAUUGCUGGUGAGGACAUGCAGGUCUGUGCCAACGAACUCAAGAUGAUCAUGAAGAACGUACUUGCCAAACAUAAUGAAAUACAGACUGAGGGUUUCAGCCUUGAGACAUGUCGGAGUAUGAUCGCCUUGAUGGAUACUGAUGGGACAGGAAAGCUGAACCUACAGGAGUUCAAACACUUGUGGAAAAAGAUAAAGGAGUGGCAGCGGAUCUUCAAACGAUACGAUAAAGACAAAUCCAGCUCUAUCAGUAGUUUUGAGAUGAGGAACGCUGUUAAUGAUGCAGGGUUUCAACUCAACAGACAGCUGUAUGACAUCAUAGCCAUGCGCUACGCAGACGAACACCUAAACAUCGAUUUUGACAGUUAUAUCUGCUGUUUUGUGAGACUAGAGGGCAUGUUCAGAGCUUUUAAUGCCUUUGACAAAGAUGGAGAUGGAAUAAUCAAGCUCAAUGUCCUGGAGUGGCUUCAGCUGACCAUGUAUUCUUAAGUCUCCUUCUUGACCACUGAUGUAGCUGCAGACAGUUGGAGCUCACGUUCAUGACUCAACUCUCCCGGAUAGCCUCUUAAGUAUUUUUGCACAGAUUUUGUGAUUACAACAAGAUCUAAGUCUUAGUGUCAGGUUCGAUGAUUUAGCUAGUUUUUAUGUGAAAUUUAGAUUUCUCUCAUCAUUCAAACUAUGAUGGGUUAGAUUUAAGGUCAAUGUUAUUUUAGCUUAUUUUUAAAUGACUGACAUCCUAUCAGUAUUAAGCCUUUUCCUAAAACGUCAUCAGUUUUCUAGACUCUGCAGUGCUGAUAAGAGCAACAUUUGAUGCAUGCUGCCAGUCAGUGUAACCUGAUAAUCAUGUUACAUCAGUGUUUGGCAUGAAGCAGCGACACGCGGUAAUGCAAGCAGGCACGUAGAGAGUUGACCUUUGUUUCUAAGUUCAUACGUUACAAAGAAUUUGUACCUAGUAAUGCAAAGCUAGAAGUAUCAGUGUUAAAAGAGAAAUGUUUAAAUAUGAGAACUGAGUGAAUGAACAUUUUGUUUGACAAAUCUUCAGAGAGAUACUGAAUGUACUAUAUUGUUUUUAAAAUACAGAAGAGGUGAAUACUGUACUUAUUUGUAUUUUUUAUUUCUGUACACAUACAGUAGGUAUUAAACACAAAUCAAUGCACACUGUACAGUAUAACAUACAAAAAUUAAGGCAUGACUUAAAUACAGCACUCUUAGAAGUUACUCUCUGGCCAGUUUGAUCUGACAACUUUCACUACUACAGUACUUUAUCCAUUGAACAAAAUAAGUUUUCUCAAAUAUGUGUUGUACAGGGCGUAAGCACAUUGCCGAGAAUAACUCUCUGGGAAAUGUGAAAAUGUAAAAGUUAUAAUUUAACAUAUGGUUUAUAUCUGUAAUGAUGCAAAACAUACUCCUUUUAUAACCAAACCUCUGUCGACAUAAGGAAUUCAUUUUCAAGUUAUCAAGUGUAACAAAGCCAGGAAGUAAUUUAAGAUACAUUGUCUUUACACUAUGAUAUCAGGAAAAAUAACUAUUUUCCAAUAAAAAAAAAAAAUCUGACUUAAAAGCAGGCGGGUAAAGAUACAAAUUUUAUUCUUUAUAUGGAAGGUACAGGUUGCUAAAUAUUAGCCUAUGGAUUUUAAACCCUGGAGUUACUUCCCAAACUGCACCUUCUAUAAUAUAGUAUACAAGCAAGUUAAGCCUGUUUAUUUUUACAUCUGAGCCAUCGUCCCUUUCCACACUGAAGUGAGGACAAUCUUAGGACAAAACUUUUGAAAAACUAGGAAGGAUUUGAAAAUCCUCAGAGCCCACCCCUCCUAAAAUUACCAAGAAUGAUCCUUAAUGUCUGAGGUUAUGGAAAUUUCAGACACUUGUACAUCAUCUUUGAAAGGGGAACUCCACUAAUUGUACACGUCAGUCUGUUUACAGGUUUUGGGGUGUACUCCUGUUUAUGUAAAGAAAAGUUGUAUAAAAACUUUUCUCCAGUCUCCAGAGAGCUGCAUGAAAGUGAUGUCACUUGAGUCGGUUUUAGCUGGGGAUAGAGAGGGUGUAGAGUUAGAAAGAGGUUAGUCUGGCUCACCGGAUGUACAGUGCUGGGAUAAAGCCUGACGUCCUUCCCUUUCCCGAUCUCCGCUAUCUAUUUUGCAAGGACACUGUCACUGCACCCGGGGCUUAGUGCCGCCCAGGAAGGUUGUGAUUGGUUUAAAACAAUACAAACAAGCCAGAGCAUUUUUCCCCCUAUCCCAGAAUAGAUAAGCGUAUAGCCAGACCAUACUCCAGCUCUGACACAGCGCUGUGGAGAUAGGUCUGGCAAUGCGAGACUAGAAAGAGGUGAGCUUACCAGACCGCUGUAGCAGCUCCUCGUCUCUGCAUGAGGCUAGUGCCUCGAGGCUACAUUAGCCGCUACUAGCACAACACACCUAAAUCUGCGGUGGUCGAGUUGCAUUAUGGGUAUUGUAGGUACCAGGUUUUUACAAGGAAGACCGAUGGAUGGAAUAAAGAUAAUAUCUCUGCAUCUGCUGCAUCAAUUUUGCCGACUGAUGGAACGGUCCAUCGUGAGUCCGACAACGUAACAGUGACAGGAGCGUAAUGCUAAAUCUUAAAUAUUUGAAAUAACUAUUGAAUGCAGCAGGAUGAGCAAACUGAGUGUUAAGAUUUGAUGUAUAACCAAGUUAAUUUUGUUUAGGUUUAUACACUGACAUUUCUGCUUUGCUCUUCUUUGACAGAUUUAGCCAUUAUUAAAACCCGUUACCUACACUUCAGAGUCAAUAGCCAAAACAAAUUUAAACAAGAUCGAUUCUGAAGGCAGUUAACACAAAAGCUCCUCUGAGCUGUUUAUGCCAGUGCAGCAUCGUUGUAGAAAUGUUCUGAAUAAUUAGCUUCACAUAUACUAAUGACAUAUCUGAAGAGGGUUACUGUAUAAUAUAUUUUAUGGUGUAUAAAGCCAUGUCAUGCAUUCACUGUGACAACAAAAACAUAAAACAGCAACAAAACAAAUGUAUUAAAAUAAUUAAAAUAAUUAUUUUAAACAGCAGGACUGAUCGAGUGUGUGAGAUUGAACGUCUCAAUCCGGUCACAACGGCUUCAAGGAUCAAUAACAAGUAGCCUGUCUCGUCUCACCAUCACAGAGAAUAUACAAUAUGCACGAGACCAACGAGAUGUAAUCAGCACCUCAACAGCUAGAAAAUAAAUGAUCUCCUAACGGAAAAUAAAACCCUGAAAAGAAUUUU